UUGUGCUCGGGACUACUCGGGUCAGCAGUCUCCCAGAGGCAUCUUGCCCUGUCUGCUUCGCCACAGGUCUCUACGGAUGCAUGACUGCUCAGACCGUCUUUCGCGUGCGUGGCGGCCACCUGAGAAAGCUCGUUCUUGACACUGCGUCCAUCGUCGCGGACAUCGAGUCGGGCUGCUGCGAGGAGAGUCAGGCGUGUCUGGCACGAGCGAGACGAGCUGACUCUAUCAUGAGAACACAAAACAUGGUCUUGGGUGGCUUCCUCCUCCUCAGCAUUCUUCUAAAAGUUAUCUUUACUGGGCGCAGCUUCGACACUGUCUGGCCGAAGCCACCAGGAGAGUGGGGCGAGUUGAGCGUCGGUUUGCUGCAGCUGGGGUCGGCGAUGUUUGGCACGAGUACGUACUACAUCAUGUGUGCUCUCGUGGGCUGCCUAGGAAUCUGGAUCGCAGGCAUGUACCGCGCGCUGGCCGUUCAAUUUAAAGCGGCACGGUCCAAGGACGAGAUUAUGGGGCUGGUCAAGCUGCACCAACGUCUUCAGAAGCACGCACGCGCCACGGAGGUCCUCUUCGCCGAUGUCCUCAUGCAUCUGUUCCUGUGUUGUUUCGUGUGCCCUCUGACGAGCACGAUAGAUGUCUUGCUUGGCGAAAUCACCGCCAUGACCUUCAGCUCCGCGCCGCUGAUAGUGUCGGUGUUCCUUCCGUUCUCUCACAUCAGUCAGGAACUCAUCGAUUCCAGCACAGCCAUCGGAAGCGCAGCGUUCUGGGCAGCGUUUGAGUCAGAUCAGAGACAGACGCAGGAGGAUCUUUUCGUCCGGCGUGCUCUUCUGCUGACCAUAGUCUCUUCACGGCGGCCCGCCCAACUGAGCUGCAGAGGGCUGGGCCCGCUCAGCCUGGGCGCCGCGGCCAACGCCCUGCGCACUUGGUAUUCACUGGUCAACAUGGUCAUCGGAUCCGGCAGGAAUAUCAAAGUGCACUAAGUGUGUAGACAGCGAGUGAAGCGGACAGCACCCAACA